AUGGCGGCGGCCGUGUUCGGGGCGUCGCUGCGGGACUGCAGACCUGGAGUGCCGCAGGACUUGGCGCUUUGGCACCAGAGCCAGACCCAGGGGCCUCCUGAUUACCCCAGCUUCGUGGAAUCUGUGGAUGAGUAUCGCUUUGUGGAGCGCUUGUUACCUCCCACCAGCAUCCCAAAGCCCCCAAAGCAUGAACAUUAUCCCACCCCUAGUGGUUGGCAGCCUCCCAGAGAUCCCCCACCCAACCUGCCCUACUUUGUGCGGUGUUCUCGAAUGCACAACAUCCAUGUCUACAAGGACGUCACACAUGGCAAUCGCCAGAUGACUAUAAUCCGGAAAGUGGAGGGGGAUAUCUGGGUCCUACAGAAGGAUGUGGAGGAUUUUCUGAGCCCACUGCUGGGGAAGACACCUAUCACCCAGGUUAAUGAGGUGACAGGUGCCCUGCGAGUCAAGGACUACUUUGAUGAGCAGCUCAAAGCCUGGCUCCUUGAGAAGGGCUUCUGA